UGGGCUCUUGACUACAACUGUCAUCUGGCUUCAGUAUAUAUACACGGAAGCACCACUCCAACACACUCACAAGCACGCUAAAUCCUGAGAGAUACUCAAGCCAAAAGCAGCAAGACGCAGUCAUGAAAGUCUUUGUGGUACUGGCCAUUGCAGUGCUGUCUGGCUGCAAUGCCAACCUCUUCUAUGCUGAUGCACCAAAGCCACAGCUGGAAGUGCUGACUGAUGCUUUCUGGGACUACAUUGCUAAGGCCACCCAGACAGCUGAUGACACCCUGCAGAUGAUCAGGAAGUCUCAGUUGGGACAGGAAGUCAAUGCCCGCCUGGCAGAGAGCGCUGACAUGGCCAGCAAGUACGCUGUCACAAUCCAGGAGCAGCUUCCCCCCGCGGCCCAGGACCUGAUGACCAAGAUCACCGCAGAGGCUGAUGUGCUGAGAAAUGUGCUGACCCAAGAGCUGACUUCUGUCAGGGACAAGCUGGAGCCCUACACCGAGGACAUGAAGGCCCAGAUCCAGCAGAAAGUGGAGUUGCUCAAACAGGAGCUGGCCCCCUAUGCAGACAACCUGGACUCCGAGGCCCUGAGGACCACACUGAUGCAGAGGAGCGAGGAGCUGAAGACCAGCCUGGAGAAGAGUGUGAGGGACCUGCAGGCUCAGCUGGGGCCCUACACUGAUGACCUAAAGCAGAAGGUGGACCAACACCUGCAGGACUUCCAAGAUAGUGUGGCCCCCAUGACCGAGAAGGUCCAGGUCGAGCUAAGUCAGAGAGCCAACCUGGUGAAACAAAUGGUGGCCCCCUAUGCUGAGGACCUGAGAGAAAAGCUGGAUCCCUAUGCCCAGGACCUCCAGGCCCAGCUCAUGUCCCUCUACCAGUCCUUUGUCAAUGCCAACUAAGUCAUCCUCCAUAGUCAACCUGCUCCAUCACUGACCAAGAUGCUGGACUUGUUUGGUCUUCCUCUGUUUGAAGCAUGUCAUAAUUUAAAUAUCUGAAUUAUACUGUAAACCAAAUUAAAGUGGGUGUAUACCUACAACAUAAUAUUUAUUGUUAAGUGCAAUAUUUGCAAAGCAAACCCCUGCACUUGUUAAACAUGUAUAUACUUUUUAUUGUGUGUUGUGAAGUUGGAAACUGUAUGUUUUUGUCAUUUCUGUAAGUUAUGAAAAAAUAAAAAGAUGAAUCUGGAAAAUUUAAA